UGACGCUAACAGCGAGAGACGCUAUGUCAACAACGCGGCCCCUUCUCGGUAUGAAGCGAGUCACCGAGCUCGCGUGCGUCGAGCAGCCGACCAGCAGGCUCUGCGCUUCGGCCGCGAGGCAGCAGCAAGACACCCCGACGGUGGAUGAGUUUACUGUCCCGGAGAAUAAGCAAGACGAGCUGAAAUGUGCCCAGGCUCGCGUGGAGUACGUUUUCAAAGUGACGUUCACUAUUAUCGGGCUGUUGGACCACACGGGACAAGCACACGGUAGCACGGCUUCGCGUCAGAUAUGGCUCCAGCUCAGAGGAAACACUGACGACGUUUCGAAAGCAAAGGAGUAUGUGAGGGGGCUGUGUGACCCAGAGCUGCAGAAAGAAGAACGUUAUCCAGUGGACAUGCACUGUAUCUUUGCCGGAGCCCGGGGCCUGUUCCUGGACAGACUCAUACGGGACACAAGUGCUGAGGUUUUGGUUCCUGAGCCAGGACGUCUGCGCUUGUUGGGCCGCACUGAGCCUGUCGUGAUGGCGCAGAGCAGAGUUCAGCAGUUUGUGGCACUUUUCCAGGAAAAGCGAAGUCUACUGAGUGACAGAGAGCAGGCAGUGAAGCGAGCGUUCAAGUCCUUUGUGGAGGAACGGGAUGACAAAUACACAAUGGAGCUCCUUCUACUGCCCUGUGCGCUGAAAGAAGAAUUACUCGGACUGGCUCACAGUCCAACCAGCUUGCACACACCCUCAACGACUCUCCUGAACCAGAACCUACAACCAAGCAUGGCAGAGUUCGAGCAAGAUCGCUCACAGAGUAGCACUCCUGUGACGGAGCUCUCCUUUCGCAUCUUAGAUACUAGCUUUGAAGACAGAGGGACAAGGACGACGCCUUUUGGCGACGGCGCUGGAAAAGCAGGAGGAGGCAUCGGUUUGGGUCCCGAGGCCAUCCUGUUCAAUGGCACCAGGCCUUCACACAAGCGACGCUCUUCGGAGAGCGAAACUCGGGACACUAAAAGACAGUAUUCUCUGGAGCGGAGGGAGGAGUCCCCGGAGAGGUCGAGGGACAGGGAGCGACACUGGGACAGAGAAGGCCACGCAGCCAGUAGUAGUUUUCGAUCCAAAAACACGUCUGCUUCAUGCACAGUCUCCUCCUCCUCAGCUAAAGCAAACACAGUCACAGGUGCAAUCAUGCUGAACCCUUGUGAUGGUAUCACUGAAGAAAGCGAGGCAGUCAGCCCAGAAACUAACCUCCGUUGUUUGGUCAAUUUCUUCAGAUCCAUGGGUUACCAGCAGGACGUGGUGGAGCGUGUCAUCAAGGAUACGGGUCAAAUGGAAGACACCUUCCUCAUUUUGGAGAAAAUCGUGGCCGAAACGAAAAGUUUUGAGGGGGAAACAAAAAGAGGAGUAAAAGAAACCAAACAACUGAACAAUGUGCGCUCGUCCUCCGCCUCAUCCUCCUCGACGACAUCUCUAGCCGUUGAGCGGGAGUCUGGGAGGUCCAAAGAGAAUAUUAAGCCUAAUCAUCAUGGAGCGAGUAGUAAUGGAUUUGGCCACCGGAGGCAGUCCAGUGGCAGUGAAGCCAGCACUCAACAGACCAGUUCUAUCAAGAGGAGCGCCAGUGCGCAAGGAGGUGCAGGGAAGUACGAGGUCAUUACCAUUUCCGAUGACGAUGAUGUCGGCGUGACAAACAGCAAAACAGCAGAUACUCGGACAUCAAGGGUUACGAUGACACACGGUGACACCCAGACCGGAUCCAGAACAGAAUACCUGGCACGGGGAGGCGGGAAUGUCACACAUAGGGAUCACCUGUCAAGAGGCGGGACGCGGACUCUAGGUGGAUCAGUGAAAGUCGAGACUGUGACGGCACUGCGCAGUGCACCCCAGUGGCUGACAGCCAGCACCACCUCUGUGGCUUCCAGUGCCAAUUCGGCUCCUACCACAAGCCGGCUCUCUGCCUACCAAACCCUCGGCCACAUGGGCUUUCACGGCGGCGGAGGCAGGAAUCCUCCUCCAAGCAACCCACCGGCGCCACCUGUGACCGGUUUGGCUCGUUUUCACCAAUCAUUGAAGACUCCGUAUACACUGAAGCUACCCAACGAACCGGGGCUACCGGAGCUGCGCCACAUCAUCAUAGAUGGCAGCAAUGUGGCUAUGGCUCAUGGCCUAAAUCGGUUCUUCUCCUGUCGAGGGAUAGCGCUCGCCGUGGAGACAUUUUGGAGGCGGGGCCACAGGGAGAUCACUGUAUUUGUUCCUCAGUGGCGCCAGAAGCGAGACCCAUUGACAACAGAACAACAUUUUUUAAAUCAACUAGAAGACCUGCGGCUGCUUUCUUUCACCCCCUCCCGAGAGGUCUGUGGCCAAAGGAUAGCCUCGCAUGAUGACAGAUUCCUGCUCCACUUAGCUGAAAAAACAGAUGGCAUCAUUGUAACCAAUGACAACCUGAGAGACUUUGUCAACUCUUCGGACACUUGGCGCCGGAUCAUUCAAGAGAGGUUACUGCAGUUUACUUUUGUGGAGGACCACUUCAUGAUCCCUGAUGACCCUUUGGGUAAAAAUGGACCUCAUCUGGACAUUUUCCUUUCUAAAAUGAACAGGCAUCUUCCUUUGACCCCUCCCCCUCUGAGACCCCCAGACUUGCGUCCAUCCACCAACCAGCAGCAUCCAGUCUAUGUGCAGGCCCUCCACUCCGCUCCAUGGACUCCCGCCGUUACUCCUCAGCCCCCCUCUUCCCAUGUUACCCACCCGAGCGUGCAGUGGCCCCACCCGGGCCGCCGCCGCAACGCCUCUCCCUCGCCGUCGCCCCCUCCCCAGCGUUCGCCGGGGGAGACGUCCCAGCUGAAGAAUCAGCUGUGCGCGAUUUUCCCAGACCAGAAGCAACAGAUCGACCGCAUCCUCAUUGACAACCCGUACAUGAGAGACUUGAAUGCCCUGUCGGGGCUGCUGCUGGGUUGAUUCACUCGCUCAAAAACCAGACUUCAUACACGCAUUCAAGGGGGACCCGUAACACAGUAUAAAUAACAACUAUUUAUUUUCCUCUCUCUUUCAUCUUGGACAGUCUUAUUUUAUUUUAUUUUAUUUUUACUGAUCUAAAAGCAUAUUUGUUCAUCUGAUAUGAACACCAAUUUCCUUUUUUUCAGUUUGAAACAAUUUUGUCAAAACUAUUAACGUAAAAAAGCAAAGCAGGUUUUAUUUCUCUCUCUCUCUCUCUCUCUCUCUCUCUCUCUCUCUCUCUCUCUCUCUCUCUCUCUCUCUCUCUUUUUUCCCCCUUCCUUUCCCCCCCUUCAAAUGUGGGAGCAGCAUAGAUUAAGAGGACUGGUCGCAGAAUUUGAUGGGCUUCUUACCACAAAUGCAUCCAUACUACCUAAUGACUGCCAUUAGACAAAUAAACUAGCACAGUGACUAUUUUAUGUCAUGGUUUUCCUGCAAAAAACAUUAACAGUACCGCUUAUAGUUUUAAAGAAAGGCAGUUGUGAAGACAACCUACAUUCAUCUGUAUAUAGUCAUAGUUUUGCUGACUAUAAAACGACAUGCUAGGCACAUAAUGGGCCCAUUUGUGUCCCUUCAAAAUAAAGUACAAAUACACCUUAAAAUGAUUGGAAAUAACCACCAUCAAUUUAGUUUUCUACUUGCUCCUAUGGUUUGGUGUGCCCUAACAUAUGGAAGUUUGAGGCAGUCAACUUAAUCCCCUUUUAUUUCCAACCCUUUGAGUAGCUUGCCAGUGUUUAGGAUUUCAUCUUUAUCAAUUCAAGCGCUCAAUUUUAAUUGUUCCUCCAAAAAUCUAGAUUGAGAGAAGAUUUGUGAGUUGUUUUUUUUCGGGGUUGACGAUCUUCCCAGGAACACUUACUAUUCAGAAAUUAACUGUAUUGGUUGUUUUUGAGCCACUUGAAUGCUUCAGUCACUCCAUCUUGUUUUUCAACACUACAAGGCUCAAUUAUAUAGUUUACAUUUGUUGGCUUGAGUCAAAGAAAUUGCAGUCACAAAGCAGAAUUACAUCAACUUUGGUUUUCACUGUACUUUUGUAGCAAUGAAAGAGGUACAAGGGUUCCGUUGAUUCGUGUCAAAAUGCUCUGCUGCAGGCAUGUGAAGAAUCACUCCGGGUGCUUCUUUCACACUCCAAGCAGAGUGUGGACAGGACGUUUCCCCUGCAUGCGUAUAUGUGAUGUGCUUCAGUUGUGUAACAUACCAACCCAAGUCUGUAUAAAAACAUCUUUAGUUCACCAUGUUGUAAGCAUUGCUGAAGGAUUUUCUUUUGUUGUAUUAUAUUUUCAUUGUGAACUACAUUUUUUUUUCUAAAUCUUAAUAUUUUUGGACAUGUGGUUUAAUGUAUGUGAAGAAUUCAAAUAAAUGCCACAGUCAGUAAGUCUUUGCACUACCCUCCACUUAAACUUUUUGAAGGGUGCAGUAAUGGACAAAGUUCAUGUUCAAUUUUUUGAAGUGGUAGCAUGAAUUUCUUGCGCUUUAUUGGGUGUACAGAAAACGAACAGGAGAAUGUGAAGUAAUUUCCUUGCGGGAACAAUAAAGAGUAUUACCACC